AUGCUGACUUCCCGAGUUUCACAGACCAAGAUGGCGGAAGUCAUCAUUAGCCCUCCUCUAUCCCCUGCGGAGAGGGUUCGUGAUCUUACUCAGUACCUCUACCCGGAUCUUCUACUCUUAGCGUUCAUCGUCAUCGGUGCCACCCACUCCGUCUACACCGCCGUGCGCAAAGAUGAUAUUGUUGCGCCCACCAUCAAAGGUCCCGGAGGCAAGCCAUUGCCUGUGACCAAGAAAAGAAGAGAAGAUGAAGACGAUGAAGCUCCGGAACCUGAAGGAUUUACUCCCAUGGCCAGAAGAUUUUUCCAAUAUUCUAUGAUUAUAGCUACCUUGACAUUUUUCGCUGCCGGUGGCGCAAUUGCUGCUCGUGCUCUAAUCCAUAGAGAUGCAAACGGUGACCAUGGCUGGUGGUGUGGCGAGCCCAAAACCGUUUUUAUUCUCGGAUCGGCUUUUCUUUAUGUCUACCUGACCUUGACUCUGUUUGACUGGAAAAGUAGCCCGAGCCUGGUUCACAUCCUUACCUGGUGCUUUGCGCUGUGCGGAGACAUUAUUAUCUUCGCUUCCGAUGCCAUUGUUCUGUCCCGCCCCCACAAAGUCAUGACUAAUCUCAUUCACGAUAAGUAUGUGAUUGUGAACGGGCUAAACAAGUGGGAUGUAGUUGACCUUGGCCUUGACCUGGGGAGAAUCGGUACACUGAUCGGCUUAAUUGUGGUCUACUCUGCAAUUAAGUUAUUAAGGAAACGGACUAAACCAGAGAAAUACGAACAUAUGCACGAUUAUGACUACGAUAUUGACGAGAGUAGCCCCCUCAUAAAUGGUGAAGCAAAUGGCUAUCAUACGAAUGGCCACACAAAUGGACACACAAAUGGUCACACAAAUGGUCACACAAAUGGCCACACCCCUCACCCAGGUGUGAAUGGCAUCGCCACUGCUAACACCAAUGGCGCUGCCGAUGGAAGUCACCAAAUGGUGGACGAUGAUGCAGGGUUUUACCGACCGGAGAAGCUACCGCAUACCACUUGGUUCGAGUAUCUCCGUGGCUACUCUGUCUUCUUUCCGUACAUGUGGCCUAAUAAGCAACCAAGACUGCAGAUUAUUGUCGUGGUCUGUUUUGUUCUGUUGGCACUUCAACGAUGGGUCAAUAUCAUGGUUCCUUACCAGAUCGGUAUUGUUACCAACCAGCUUUCUGGAGAUGACCUCGAAAAGGGAGAGGCGCUCGCGAUGCCUUGGGUCUCCCUUGGACUUCUCAUUAUGUAUAAGCUACUGCAAGGGCCUUCAGGGCUUUUAGGAUCUCUCCGGUCUCUAUUGUGGAUUCCCGUGUCACAACAUACUUACCGGGCUCUGACCACCUCAGCAUUUGAACAUGUGCACUCUCUAAGUCUUGACUUCCACCUGGGAAAGAGAACCGGAGAGGUACUGUCUGCGCUUAAUAAGGGCUCUUCCGUCAAUGCCUUCCUCGAACAGGUCACAUUCCAGGUUUUCCCGAUGCUUAUCGACUUGUUUGUAGCUAUUAGCUACUUCUACGUUAGGUUCGAUGCCGUCUACGCCGUUAUUGUCUGCUCCAUUACAUUUUACUACCUAUUCCUCACCAUUCGUAUGGCGUCCAAGACUGCCGAUCAACGGCGGGCCAUGUCCAACGCAGACAGGGAGGAAGAGGCUGUCAAGAACGAUUCCAUUAUUUCGUACGAGACAGUCAAGUAUUUCAAUGCGGAAGCCUUCGAGUUCAACCGGUACAAAGAGGCCAUACAGAAUUUCCAGGUCGCCGAGGCCAGAGUCACGUGGAGCAUAAGCACCAUGAAUAUAUGCCAGUCGAUGGUAUUCAUGAUAGGCAUGCUGGUCGCCAUGAUGCUUGGGGCGUACCAAGUCACGAUGGGCACCCGAAAGGUGGGAGACUUUGUCACCCUAAUGACUUAUCUGGGCCAGCUUCAAGGACCGCUCAACUUUUUUGGUACAUUCUACCGUACUGUUCAGCAGGCUAUGAUUUCCGGAGAACGCCUUCUUGAGCUUUUCAAACAGCGACCCACCGUUGUUGAUCGCCCGGGCGCCGCUAACGUUACCUCGUGUGAAGGUCGUGUUGAAUUUUCUAAGGUCAAAUUCGCCUACGACAAGAGAAAGCCUGCGCUGAGGAAUCUUAGCUUCAUGUGUGAACCGGGCAUGACGACCGCGCUAGUCGGCGAGUCCGGUGGUGGUAAAUCGACACUCUUCCGGCUGAUGUACCGCUAUUUUAAUUGCCAAGAAGGCAACAUCAGGAUUGACGGCCGCGAUAUCAAGGAUGUGACAAUCGAUUCCAUUCGACGCUUUAUUGGGGUGGUACCUCAGGACACCGUCUUAUUUAAUGAUACCCUUAUGUACAACCUGAGGUAUGCCAAUCAAAGCGCAACUGACGAAGAUAUCAUCGCCGCAUGUCAGGCUGCCAGCAUUCAUGACAGGAUCAUGUCUUUCCCUGAUGGAUAUAACACCAAGGUUGGCGAGCGUGGUCUCCGCCUGAGCGGUGGUGAGAAGCAGAGGGUUGCUAUUGCGCGAACCCUGCUUAAGAACCCAAAAAUCAUCAUGCUCGACGAGGCUACAUCGGCGCUUGAUAGCCAUACAGAACAACAAAUCCAAUCUCGGCUAGCUAGCAUUGGUCGUGGACGUACAAUGCUCAUUAUUGCGUAA